GCAAUUUAUUGGAAUUAAGCUUCACAAAAACUACAUAAAAAAGACCAAGAAUAACUGUCACAUUCCUCAAUAAAUAAAUAAAUAUAUAAUAAAAAAAAGUAACAUUGUAUUAAUAGAAUUAGAGGUAAAGAAAAGGAUGACCAAUUCAACAUAACAAUUGUCAUAUCUAUUUUAAGGUUGGAUGCCAAAGUAGGAACUUAUAAGCAUAUCCUUUGAUAUAACACCUAUUUUAGACAACCUCUUUGGGUUCAAUUUUAGGUUGGUUUGGGUGGCCUUUUUCUCUCCACGGCCCUCCAUCAAGGCCAUACCCACCAAAUACAGGGUGACUGUUUUUGCAUUUGUCACCAUCUCUCUUCCUCCUCAUCAACCAAAUAGAUGAAGAGGAGGAUGGAACUCUAAAACCUAAAAUCUUGAUAAUCAGAAAAUUAACAAAUAUCAGCUACUUAGAUUAGUUCAUGUGUAGAAUUUUUGUCUUGAUCAUCUUUUCCAUUUCUUCUAAAGCAUUUCAUUAUUAGAAUUGGAAACCCAUUUGCAAAAGGAGAGUAUUUUUGUCAAUAUUAGGCUAAGAUGAAUGAUCUUUUCUCGGGUUCGUUCAAAAAGUACACGGACCUCAAGCAACAGACCUACCUUGAUGAUGUGGAGAUCGGGAGACAAGCUGGGAACGAGGAAGGCAACCUCGAUAGGUUUUUCGAGGAUGUCGAGAAUGUCAAGGAAGACAUGAGAGACGUCGAAAAACUCUACAAGAAGUUGCAGGAAUCCAAUGAAGAGAGCAAAACUGUCCACAAUGCCAAAACCAUGAAGGAACUUCGAGCCAGAAUGGACUCGGAUGUUGGCCAAGUCUUAAAACGGGUCAAGGUCAUCAAGAAGAAGCUUGAAGGUCUAGAACAGUCUAAUGCAGGUCACCGCAAACUUCCCGGUUGCGGUCCGGGGUCGUCUGCGGAUCGAACUCGGAUUUCCGUAGUUAGCGGUUUGGGAAAGAAACUCAAGGACAUGAUGGAUGAUUUUCAAGGGUUGAGAGGCAAAAUGGCGGAUGAAUACAAGGAAACAGUGGAGCGAAGGUACUUCACUGUCACGGGACAGAAGGCGGAUGAAGACACCAUUGAGAAUCUGAUAGCAAGCGGCGAGAGCGAAAGCUUCCUGCAAAAGGCCAUUCAAGAACAAGGGAGAGGUCAGAUUAUGGACACCAUAUCAGAGAUUCAAGAGAGAGAGAUCGAGAAGAACUUACUCGAGUUGCAUCAAGUGUUUCUCGACAUGGCAGCUCUCGUGGAAGCACAGGGUCACCAGCUCAAUGACAUUGAGAGUCAUGUGGCGCAUGCAAGCUCGUUUGUAAGACGAGGGAAUGUAGAGCUGCAAGAGGCAAGGGAAUAUCAAAAGAGCUCAAGGAAGUGUACCUGCAUUGCCAUUGUCCUAGGAAUUGUUGUUGUUGUCGUCCUCCUUUUCCCAAUCUUAUCACCAUUAUUGAUUCACCGAUAAGAAGAAGAUGGAAUGCUUGCUCUGUGAGACUCAGAAAACAGGUAUUCUAAUAUCUAGGGAUACUAUAUAUUUGUGUGUGUAUAUGUACAGAGAGAGUGACAACAAUUAGAUCAUAUGGUAUUCACAAAGGAUAUUAGAUAGUACUUCAGAAAGAAUAUGUUUCUGCAUUUAAGGAAACAUCUCAAUUUGUGCUUCGCAUUAAGGCAACUAUGAACAAAUUGAUUUCCCAUAUGAUACCCUGGGAACAAAAUGAAAGCAAUUGGCAUAUCAAACAUUUAAGAUUCCACAAUUUGUGCUCCAUAAAUAAAUGCGCACACACAAACACACUACUGAAUUGUGUAAAUGAAACCCAAAAAUAAAAAAUCAAAAAUCAGCUCCAAAUUUUUUUACAAGAUAAGUCAAUCAAACACUCCUAAUAGACAAAGGUUGCAUUUGGUUACUUUUCCUUUUUUUCCAAAGUGUUUUUAGCUACUCUGAAAGUGUGCAACUGACAACAAAUGGAGUGUAUAAAAUUAAACGGCAAGUACACAGAAAAGUUCAUUACCAAAAGCACAAAAAAUUUUGUUCUUGAAAAGAAACGCUGUUAUUUAUUCAAAUGAUGAAUGUUUGCAAUCAAACACUAGGGUCUUGUAGACCAGAAGUUCUCAUUUCAGAAAAUGAAACUGCAUUCAGGUAGUCCUCUUUAUCUCUCGCAUGUUUUUAUCCAAUCUAAUUGUACAUAAAUGGCAACAUUGUUGUGGAUAAAAUUAAGAAGAUUAAAUCCAGAAUAUCACAGUAAAAAUAUGUAAAAAAACCAGAAUUCUCAUCACACAAACUUUUUAUUUUAUUUUAUUUUAUAAACAACAUUUCAUUCAACAAAACAAACCACCUUAAAAGGCGUGAACCUUGUACUCUCAUGAUGACAAAACCAGUAAGCUAUGCAUCCAGUGGCAUGUACGAAUCAACUAUAAACAAGACAAAAGAUGAAAUUGGAAAGGGACAAUCCUAUCUCAACCAAACAAAAAAUUAAAAAUAGGAGCACAGAUCCUUUCAGUGCACUAAUAUUCUCAAUACCAUCAGAAGAUCUAUGAUGCUCCUUUCAUAUUGUCCACAAAACACAUAAAGCUGCAGUUUGCCAUCAAUAAUCUUAUCAAUUGGUACUUCUAUAGAAAUCGGGUUUUCAGUUUUAAGGUUACAAUCUAUAUUCCUCUAUUGAGCUGAAAAAUAACAGCAUGCAUGUAAAGAAUAAAGAUAUGAGAAUUUUUUAGUGUCGUGAGACUCAUGACAGAGUGACACAAUUGGAAUUUAUGGAGCACCAUAAUAAUUGUGGUCUUCCUAAAUUCAAAGCCACAGUGAGUUGCCACCAUAAAUAAACUGAGGUUGGCUAUGAAUGGCUAAAUGUUGAUUUUAAAGUUAAAGACACCAUUCAUGCAAAGCACUUUUACACCUUGAGGUAGAAAGCUGUAAGAUACUAAGUUCCUAACAUUUACUUGUAUAAUUGACAAGGUUGCAUUUGGUGACAGUAAAAUAGGAAAAGUAGGCAGAGGCAUACGAUUAACGAGCUCUCUUUAAUGCCUCAUAAAAUGCAUUAACAGCAAAUAAGUUGGUCAUAAUCAGUAAUAAUUAGAAGUUACAAGUCAUUCGUUCUAUAUUAUUUACUAAUCUAACGGUGCAACCAUGAAAAAGUUGUACCUUCUAUGAUGCUUUAUAUGUUAUCAUGGAACACAUUACUAGGACUUCUACAAAGACUACCAGAAGAACUUUCAACAAAUAGAAUGAAAGUUCGAGUUGGUUUAGUUGGUAAGGUUUGUUCCCUUCGCCCAUUUGGCUUAGGUUCGAGUCCCGCUACCGGCAGUUCUUUGUUGAUGAGCAAUAUUGUGUAAUGCUUUCCCUCGCCCUGGAAUGGGGUAGCCUCCCCUCCUCCUAAACUUUUUUUUGAAUAAAAAAAAAACAAAUAGAACGAAAGAAGAUUAUGAUUUACAAUGACAACACAGAGAUGAGGGAAAGUUUCCCAGGCAACAUUCAUUGCACACAAGUAAAAGUCUCACAACAUAAAAGAACAAAGAUCAAAAGCUCAGCUGUGCCAUUUUAUUUUGUUUACUCAUAUCCAGUAAAGUUUCCCUCCUUAAAAAAGGUUGCUCCUCUACUGCAAACAAAGAUGGCACGUCCUUCAAAGAAAAUUGAGAAGUCAACCAACAGAGUUAUACUCACUCUGAACAGGCCAUUUUGAGAAAUUCAGCUCAUAAUCAAUUCGGUUCAAAAGGCCAUGAAAAUUGCAAAAGAAUCCACACUUCUCGGAACCUCCUCUAUAAACUCCACCAAUGGCAACAAAACCCGGUUGAAUGGGACUAAUUUUAAGCUAAACACAUUCUGGCUUCCUAAAUAUCCCUCUAGUAUCACAAAUUCCCAGCACAUUUCACCAAAAGAUGAGCAACAAUUUCAGGUAAAAGAACAAUCAAAGCAUGGAUGUUCAAAAUUUUGAAAGAAAAGGCCUGCCCAAUUCAAUUAAAACCAAUAGGCACUCUAUUCAUCAAACAGCAUUGAUUUCCAUCAUUCCAACUACCAUGUUUGAAAUCAGUCCGCCAUAUUUCAAUUCAGUCCAACUUUUCAUGCACCAUAGAAGCAAAUCUCAUGUUGGGUUUAAGCUGCAGUGCAAAGUGUUGGAAUUAGGAAAUUGUGAUAUUAUAAUUAUGGUAGUGUUAAAUUAGAAAAUAGUGAAUAUUGUAAUUAUGGUAGUGUGUAUAAAAUUUGUGAUUGUGUCAAUCACAGAUUUAAUGCCUUUUUUUAUCUUCGUUUCCUAUUUUGUAAUAUUGUUUCAUUAUAAAUAUAAGGCUCUACCUCAUUCAUAGGUAAGCCAAAACAAUUCUUUUCAUCAUUUUUAGUAUUAGAGCCUUAUUGGGCUUGUAACUGGUGUGCCGUUUGUCUGGCUAGUGUAUGUUGUGGUCUAGAAAGGUGUGUUGUAAUGUGUCCCACAUCACCUGGAGUUGCCCCAUCUGUGCUAGUUGUAAGGUUUUAGUUUCUUUCUCCUUAAUACCUAGGUUUUAAGGAGAAGUGUGGGCUGAGCUUUUCAAUUUGGUAUCAAAGCCAGGAGAGUCCAGAUUGAGGAUCAGUUGGGAAGAACAAUCCCAAGCCAGGAGAGGUCUUCAAAUAUCUCAAGAUGUGAUGAACCACAUCAAGAUGUUUUGUACGAGGUGCAUGCAUGAAUUGGCUAACAACACUAAUCGCAAAUGUCAAGUCAGGUCUAGUAUUGGUCAGAUAGAUGAGAUGCCCAACAAGACGCUGAUACAUGCCUGGAUUCUCUAGUAAUUCACUAGACUCUUAUGUGAGCUUGACAUUGGGAUCCAUAGGAAUAGAAGCAGGUUUACACCCCAACAUACCGGUAUCCUUAAGUAAGUCAAAGGUGUACUUCCUUUGAGAUAAGGAGAUCCCUUGCCGUGAGCAAGCCACCUUAAUCCCUAGAAAAUACUUGAGAUUUCCCAAAUCCUUAAUAUCAAAGGUGUGUCCCAAAUCUCGUUUUACUUGAUCAAUGCCUAUAGAGUCAUCACUGGUGAGAAUGAUAUUAUCCACACAAACCAACAAGACUAUACACUGACCUGCGGAAUUACGACUGAUGAAGCACGUAUGGUCUGAAUGGCACUGAACAAAGCCCAUGGAGAUGAUAACUGAGCUGAAACAACCAAACCAAGCUCGUGGAGACUGCUUCAAGCCAUACAAAGACUUGCACAGUCGACAUACUUUCCCCGAAUACUUCCCCUAAACUUGAAAACUAGAAGGAGGGGCCAUAUAAAUCGUCUCAAGAAGAUCUCCAUGUAGAAAGGCAUUCUUGACAUCAAGCUGAUGAAGGGGCCAAGAAUGGGAUGCAGUAAGGGAGAUGAGUAGAUGAACAGAUGUAAGCUUGGCAACAGGGCCAAAGGUUGCACCAAAAUCCUUGCCAGGAAUUUGAGUGAAGUCCUUGGCCACUAAGUGGGC